GGGAAUACAGUCAAAGCUCCGCCUCUUCCUCUGACUGUAAAGUGAGAGUAAACUUCCCGAAAACCAGCUGGCCCCACUUAACCCGGUGACAGCCUCAGCCUUGAGCAGCGAGAAGACCCUUACUGUGUUUCUGCGUGUCUGCCGACCCUCUUCUCCUCCUCCAGCCCGAGUUACACCACAGAAGAAUAAAAGGUAAGUUUACAGCAAGAGAAAUUCAGGUUGUUUCCGUGUUGAGGGUGGAGGCUUUUCGGCCAUGUUUUAUAACAUCAUUAACUCAUGUUGUUGAUAAAGAUUUGCUGUUGGUUGUGGCUGUAGUUAACUGGUAAUUACUCAGUAUGUGCAUGCAUGUUGCAUCCAUUCAAUCGUGUUGAUACACACAGCCUGAGAGAGUAAGCUGAGCGUGUGUGUAGGCAUGUCUGAGCUUGUCCAGGCAUCAUGCCCAGAUCACGACAUGGCAAGUCUCUGCGCAGGGUUUUCACUCAGGAUCAUGGCACCAAAGAGGAAAGCUGCCUCUGCUACCAAGGCAGGUGGAAAAAAAGCAAAAGAAGUAGCACCCAAACCCAAGGAUGCCUUCACCACAGCAAAAGAGGCACUUCUGGCUGCGGGGGCACAAGUAAAAGGAAAGAGGAAAGUGGACACGCACUGCGAGCUGUCAGGAUCUGGAGAGGUAAAAGAGAUGCAGAGAAAAACAGGAUUUCCUUAAAGUAUAGUUUAAAUUACUGGAAGAUUAAAGAAAAUAACACAAUUUGAUGACUGUCUACCAUUGUUCCCAUCAGGUGUAUCAGGACUAUGACUGUAUGCUCAACCAGACAAAUAUUGGACACAAUAAUAACAAAUUUUAUGUCAUUCAAGUUGUUGAAUCAGACAACUUAUACUAUUCAUGGAACCGGUGGGGCAGAGUGGUAAGUUCAGUUGAAUCUCUAUCUUGUCAUUUUUCUGUUACUUUUAUCUAAUAACAAUACACAAUAAUGCUAUUAUAUAAUAAUUAAAGCAAUAUUCAGAGCUGGUGUUAUCGAUUGCAUAAUGUAAAAUACUAUAGGGGAGAGUGGGAUAAGUUGAGUCAAAGGGUAAGUUGAGCCACCCCCUGUUGCUUGGAAAUGGUAAAAGAAGUUGAUCAUGUGACCAAAUAUUUAGGAGAUGGGCAUCAAUUCAUGGAGUCUGUGAAGGUUAGAAGCACAUGGGUGAAGGGGUUAGACAUUUAUUUCCAAUAAAUAAAACAUUUCUUACUCUUGAAAGUGAAUUUAGUCUGUCAUAAGUUUUAUUAGAAUCGUGUUCUGACCAAAAAUUGAUCAUUUUAAAUUUGUUUUAAUUGUGGUAUCUAUGAGCUACAAUAUGAGGUCAAAAACCUAGCAUAGACGUCCAUCAUUUUAGCUUAGAGGACUAAUAAAGUCAUAAUAGUAGUUCUGGGGUAAGUUAAACCAGUGUUUCAACUCACCCCUGGUUCUGAAUCACUAAAAGACAUUCUCAUGUCGAAAUGACUUUUUACAAAACAGCUUUUUAGCAGUUAUAUGCAAUCAUAAUACAAAGAUUUAUUGUACUUGUUGAAUAGCGUAUAAUAAGUAAAAUACACAUGAAUGUGAAGAAGUGACUGUUAUUUAGGGAGAGAGAAGGUGAGGGAGGGCUGGGGUGGAGAGAGAGGUGUUAGUAGGGAUACGGCUCAACUUACCCCAUACACGGGGUAAGUUGACCAUAGGAGACCACUUUUUUUGGCAUGCUAUAUUAUCAAGACAGUUAUGUUUACACUCAUUCUGUUGGUUUGCAGGGAUGCACAACAUCUUGAAAUAUAUGCAGAUACAUUAGUUAGAGACAAAACUAUGAUUGCCUUGAUGUAGUGAUCUGAAAUAUGAAAAGUGGCUUAUCUUACCCCACUCUCCCCUAUCACUGUUUUACGCUGUUAUUUUAAUCCAAGUUUGUAUGUUCAAUCUUUGUAUGUUCAAUGUAAAGUGACCUGACCGUGCUUUCCAAAUCUCUGACCUGAAUUCAGGGGGAGGUUGGACAAAGCAAACUCAAAGAUUUUGAUUCGCCUGAGGAUGCUGUGAAGGACUUUGAGAAAAAGUUUAAGGAUAAGACCCAGAACAAAUGGAGUGACAGGUCUAAUUUUGUGUCUCAUGCUGGGAAGUACACCCUGAUAGAAGUGGAUGGGGACGAGGACGCUGAGGUCAAGGUAAAGUUAAUGCCACUUGAAAAAGAAUCACUGACUUAGAAACCUUGAUGCCAUACCUCAGAGAAUCUGUUGUCUUAUUGAGAACUAAUGUUUUGAAGACUUUAAAAUUAAAGUUUUAAAAUUCACUUGUUGUACUUUUUGCUGUUGCAGGUUGACACUGUAGAUGGAAAGACUGUAUUAGUCACCAAAAAUGUCUUGCCCAGCAAACUGGACACUGCUACAGGGAGCCUUGUUGAGCUCAUUUUCAGCAAUGACAUGUUUAAGGAAGCGAUGGAAUGCAUGAACUUGGGUGGGUGUGUCUCAGUUCACCAGCUCUGAAUGCAAACUGGUUCAUUCUGUUUGCAUAAACGUUAGCGUCGUACUUCUUUUGUAUCCUACCUGACCACUCCUUCGAAUAGGAUGUGAACAGAGCUUGGAAAAGAAAGAAUAUUUUCCCAGUUUUUCAUAUCAAUCAAAACCAAUAUUUUGCAAAAUUAGGAAAAGUAAAGGGGCUGCCAGUAUGAAGAAUAUAAAACUAAUGUAAGACUACUUAUUCAACUGCCUAAACUUGGUGUAUUAGUCAGUCAAGCACUGGAAAUACAACAGUUGUCAAGGCUAAUUUUAAAAUGAAGAUAGUAAAUGCAGGCAAGUAAAUAAACAGCAGUUCCAUGUUAAAUGUAGUAUAAGAACAGACUGAGAGCUAAGCUGCAACUUAAAAUUAGCCCCAUUUUUUUCCCUCAGUUUCAUCAGUGGCCAGAUAUCUGAGGAUAAUUAAAAACUGUGUUCUUAAAAUCUCUAAUAAGACAUGGAUGGGAGCGAAGAGAAAAUAAUUUGAAACAGAAAAUAAAGAAGGCUGCUUAGAAACAUUUAAAAGAUCAGACAUCCAGCCCACAGCCGCCACUGAGAGACAGGGCUGGAAGAAUACUCUGAAUAAUUGAACUGACACCUUUUCGGAUGGUGGAAAAGAUUUGUCAUGCUUUUUUUGUUUUCAUUGACACUGAUCUACUGCAUGUUUUCAGUGCCGUCUUCAGUCUAGCUAAGGACUUGUUGUAAACACAAGCUGUGACCCGCAGAAAGGACUCAAUGGGUUUGCUUUUUUACCUCUGUAUGAAAGGCUGUCUGCUGUAUCUAUCAAUCUAAUUAAGUCCAGAGUUAAUAAUUUCUCUCAAUACAAGAUAAUGAGAUAAUUGGAUUACUUUUACAAGUAGCUUAAAGUAGUUUAAAAACAUACAGUAUGCAAAGUAACAAUCAAAUAGUGAAUAGUGCAGUAAAUAAUGAGCCAUCACCUUAGAUAAAGUGAUGUGGGCCGUCAGACAAUACAACUAAUCAUGGCAUUUUGAUUACAUGUGGUGGUUCUAUAUGUAGUAAUUGAGAUUAGAGAUGUAAACCUUUAAAAAUGCUAAUUACUCAAUGUUAGAUGCUUUUUAGGAGCUAACCUCACGAUCAAUAAUUGAUGGUGGGACUAAUGUCUUUGUGUGUGUGUGGAUGUUAUUCAGACAUAAAGAAGAUGCCCUUGGGAAAGCUCAGUAAGGUGCAGAUUGCAAAGGGCUUUGACGUGUUGGAGGAGAUCGAAGCAGCAAUGAACCGGAAAACUGGAAAAAGUGCAGCUCUGGAGGAACUUUCCUCCAAGUUUUAUACUAUUGUCCCGCACAACUUUGGCCGCAACAGACCCCCAGCUAUUAACGACAAAGAGAUUGUGGACCAGAAGAAAGAGAUGCUGAUGGUGAUUUACUUCUUUAUAUUUCAUGUUAUGAUGAGCUGUUUCUGCAUGCAUUUUCUGUGGUCUUUUAUCACUCUCCCUUACCAUGCUAUAUAAAGGUGUUGGCUGAUAUUGAGCUAGCCCAGACUCUGAAGACAGAGACUGAAAAGGCUCAGGAAGAAAUGGUCGAGACAGUUCCUCACCCUCUGGACCAGGACUACAACUCUCUCAAAUGUGCGCUCACUCUGAUGGACCAAGACACUGAAACAUUCAAGGUACUAACCUCAGAUAUUUUCCCCUGUAUUUUGUCCUCUUUGACACCAAUAAUAACUGUCUUUAACAUUUCUUUGCAUUCAGAUCAUAGAGAAAUACUUGAAGGUGACUUCAGAAAAUGGCUAUUACAAACCAAAAAUUAUUAAUGUCUGGGAAGUCGAUCGAGAAAAGGAGGUAAGAUCUUAACACAGUUUCAACAAAUGUAAUUCCUAAAACUAAAGUCUUGUGAUCUAACAUAUGCUGCAUAUUGCAGAGAGAACGAUUUGGUCAACAUGAGAGUCUGGAGAACCGCCGUCUGCUGUGGCAUGGCACAAACAUAGCAGUGGUGGCAGCUAUCCUGAAGAGUGGUCUGAGGAUAAUGCCCCAUUCAGGGGGGCGUGUUGGUCGUGGUAUCUAUUUUGCUUCAGAAAACAGCAAGUCUGCAGGCUAUGGUAAGCUGAUUUGAAGAAAGAAGGAUGGAAUACUUUCUACUGACACUUAAAAGCAAAUCAUUAAUCUAAGCAUUGUCUUUGUAUAUUUAAGUGCGCACUUCAAAGAAAACUGGAGUGAUGUUUUUAAGUGAGGUGGCCCUUGGAAAAGAGUAUACCAUCACCAAGGAUGAUUCCUCUCUGAAAAAGGCUCCUUCAGGCUAUGACAGUGUGGUGGCACGAGGAUCAGUGGAGCCAGGUACGAUAUCUGUGUGUUUAUUUACACCAUUUGGGAACUAGUGAUGGGCACGGCAGUUCUUUUAGAUGUACCGAAUCACUAGAAUCAGUUCACUAAAAAGAUUCGUUCAAAAGAUUCGUUCACCAAAUCUAACUGAACGAAUCACUCGAGGAAGUGAUUCUGUUCAAAACGUUCACUUAAAAGAUUUGGUUCUUUUGAACGAAUUGUUCAUGAAUGACACAACACUAUAGUGCACAGUUGAGCUCAGAUUUAAGUUCACUUGGCAACUGUGCUAUCACAAUUCAAAAAUGCAACCAAAAAAAAGAGAGAUGCAAAGAAGAGCAAAAAUUUAGUUUCAGUGUUGUUAGAUGUUGUUAAAUAUUAUUUUUCUCUUUUGCGGUAUGUUGUUUCAUUAUGUUUCUUUUCCUGUUUAGUUUGUUAUUAUGUGAGGAACCUUUAUGUCUGGUCUUUGUGCAUGUUGUCUCCCUCUGUUUUCCCCUCCUUGUUUUGUGUCUAUGUCACCUGCAGUUACAGAAAAAAAUGUGUAGCAUCUCUUGUUUGCGUUUUGUAGAUCCAUCCAAGGACAUCGUUAUCACACUGGAGGGCAAAACUGUUGCUGUACCUCAGGGUAAGCCGAUAAAACAGUCCCCGUUCAAAAACAGCCACUUCUCUAACAGUGAAUAUCUCAUCUAUAAGGAGAGCCAGUGUCGCCUUCGCUUCCUGCUGGAGCUCAACAUGUAGUACUGAUACACCAGAAGGAGGUGCUUCUCUUAGAGCUUGGCUAUGCUCAUAAUAACAUGGUCUUUAGUUUAACAUUGGGCUGAUGUUUCUACCUUACAGCAUUUAACAAUCAUACAUCUUUGUGCCUUAUAUUUUGAACUCUGAAAAACUAGGCUGCACUGCUGUCAUAACAUACACACAGAAUAUUUCCUUUCUUGUAACAUGAAGAGUUUUAACUUCUUGCUUGGUCUUGAUAAGACAAUGCCUGAGAGGCCCGUAUUAGCACCUUUUACAACUUUUUUACUUGCACCUUGUAUUUGUUUUUUUGCGUCUGUGUUUUAGUUUUAUGGGAUCUGUUUACCUCUCUGAAUUUUAAAUAUAACUAAUAAUGCUCACAUAAACAAGGAAAAAAUAUGCUUGUGCUCAAGAAUGCUGUAUUAUGGAGCAGAUGUAAAACUGAGACUAUGCAUAGAAAUGUUUCGAGUUAGAGGAAUGAAGUGCAAUUUAUAUUUGAUGCUUGAACACUAGUGAAAAAAAUCAGAUCUUCUCUAAACUAAGUAAACUCUUAAAGACCCACUCCGAUGUUUUUCUUAUUGUCUACAUGUUCAUACGGCAUUUUUCUGAUGCUACAGGACAUAUCAUGAGGAAACUACGUGCUAAAUUUAAUUUCAGAGAAUUUCUGCAUUCAAAUCGCUGUGAACCUCUGGCAGACCCCAACGACAGACUCAGAUUCAGUGAGAUUUCCUACCUAACAAAUCCAAGCUCCACCCCUGGAGCCCCGUUAUGCAGGCGACAUACGGAAAUGUAGAGAGGACGAUCGCGGAACAGGCGUGUGCGUUAGUGGAUUGCAACGCUCGUAAGAAAGCCGAUCGUGACAUUAACUUUCAUCAUGUCCUUAAAGACAUUAGUGUCCAAGAUCUGAAUAGCUCCUAUGUUACCUGCCUCUUCUACUACAACGGCAAUGUUAGGCUGCAAGCUAAUACGAAGAGGAGUGUGCAGAGCAGCGCUGUCUCCGCCCACGACUCAGAAGCAAAUUGCUAAGGAUGUACUGGAGCUCUGCAGAGGAAAAGCCCUUGAAAAUGACACAGAUAAUGUGAUUUUGGCUAAAAACUUAAUUAUCAGGACUCAAAGACCACUGAGAUCACUUUAAGUAGUAAAAAAGAGAAAAAGAUCGGAGAGGGACUUUAAAAUGCGUUGGCAAUGCAAAGAAAUGUAACAUGUCAAUCAUGAAAAGUCUGUGCACUGACUAACCCAGAAGGUCUACAUUUUUAAAUGUCAUGGUAUGGUGUCUGUAUUGAGCGACUUCCUUUUAAAUGUAAUGACCGCUGCAUUUUUGCACUAAUGCAAUACUUGAAUCAGUGAUUAGUAAAUAAACUGAAGUGCCCCUCCAA